AUGAUCUUCAUGGCACGAGAGAGUCAGGAGAAGUGCAGAGAGCAAAACCAGGAACUGUUCAUGGCAUUUAUCGACCUAACCAAGGCCUUUGACUCUAUCAGUCAUGAUGUCCUAUGGAAAGUGUUUUAUGGAAACUACAGACAGAACCGAUCGAACCUUACAUCACUGUUAGUGCAACCCAUAUCUGCACUGCUAGUCAAAAGACUUGUUUCUUUACCUGAGGACAGAAGCAAAAGUGAUGGGUGUAUCCCUCUCAAACUGGCUAUGACAGAAAAGAGAAUAAUCAGUCUAAAUGUUCAGACAGUCCCAACAUACAAGACAAUUUCUAAUGUUAUUGGGUAUUUAAAGGGAUCUACAUUUCCCGAUAGAUAUGUCAUAGUUGGUAGCCACCACAACAGUGUAUAUGGUUACAGUGGACAAGAAUGGGCCAGUAGCACUGCUGUCAUCACAGCAUUUAUACAAGCCUUGAUGCUAAAAGUUAAGAGAGGCUGGAGGCCUGAUCGGACCAUUGUUUUCUGCUCAUGGGGAGGAACAUCAUUUGGCAACAUUGGCUCAUAUGAAUGGGCAGAGGAUCUCAAGAAAGUUCUCCAGAGAAACGUUGUGGCUUAUGUUAGCCUCCAUAACCCAGUAAGAGGCAAUUCAAGUUUGCAUCCUGUAGCAUCGCCUUCCCUUCAGCAACUGGCAACAGAGAGACAGAGCCUCACCUGUCUGGGGAAAAUGAAGUGCCCAGGAUCCAAUGUGAGUUCUGUGCAGAUGCAGGGUGAUUCUGAUUAUUUCAUCAACCAUCUUGGGGUUCCCACUGUGCAGUUUUCUCAUGAAGACAUCAAAACAUUAGAGAGUCCAAGCUUUCUCUUUGAAGCUCUCUUUCCUGCACAUAACACAGUAACUGAAGAGCUGGAUCCCUUGUUCAACCUCCAUGAGACCAUUGCUAAGCUAACGGGAGAGGUGACUUUGCAAAUUGCCAGUGAACCGGUUCUGCCCUUUAAUGCCCUGGACAUCGCAUUAGAAGUUCAGAACAGCCUUAAAGGUGACCAACUAGACACCCGUCAGUUGCUGGCAAUGGCUUCAAGACUGAGGGACAGUGCAGAAUUGUUCCAGUCAGAUGAGAUGCGUCCAGCUAAUGACCCCAAGGAGAGAGCUCCUAUCCGAGUGAGAAUGCUUAAUGAUGUUCUCCAAGGUCUGGAGAAAAACUUCUUAGUUCAACAAGCUCCUCCAGGGUUUUACAGAAACAUUCUUUACAGGCUGGAUGAAAAGAUGAGCCAAUUUUCAGUACUACUAGAGGCACUGGAGCACUGCAAGCUACAUCAGUCAAAUGAGACCCUUCAAGCAGCCUUGUCAAAGGUGCUGAACAGCAUCAAUUCAGCUCAGGUUUACUUCAAAGCAGGACUUGAUGUGUUUGAGACUGCCUUUGCUGGAAAGAAAUGACAAAACUCUCAGCAUUCUAAGAAGUUUGUUUACAAUUCACUAAGCAAAAGUUCGAGUCGGACCAGAAUUUCUUUGAGAUUGAAAGUUUUUUCAACUGUUUUUUUUUUCAAUCGGUGUUUAAAGGUACUACAGUGUGUGUUCUAAUAACUAUAAAACAGUCUUUUGCACUGUUCACGGUAAAUCCCAGAUGUCUCUUUGAGAAUGUAUAAAAACAUAUUCAGAGGGGAAUAACACUCAAGAUUUGAUUUUUAGAAGGAAAUCUGCUGUAUUUUUAUAUGUAAAAUAUAUUUUUAUGACUAAGGGCUCAAUCUUGCAAAGUGCUGAACACUUGCUGCAAAAUGCUAAGGGCCUGCUUUUCUGAGGUGAGGAACACCCACGGUUGUAAGUAUCUCGGGGCUGUGAAUGCUCAGCACCUCAACAAAUCAUGACUGCAGUACCCUAAAAUUCAUUGGUUCACCCUUAAGUCCUCCAAUACCCAGAUUUGCUACACCUCCACAACAAACUCAUCUUUGUUCUUUCCCCUUUAUGUCUGGGGAGAGGAAGUUGAAGGAUGUGGGUUUGUUCUAUUGGUGUUCAGGGCAUGCAGGACUAAGGAGGAGGCACUCGAUAUCUUGCAGGUAGAGUCCAACAUUCUGAGACCAUCCUUACUCCUGUGGGUGAUGCAUAUAGUAUGAAUGUUGCUUAGGUUCUGGGAGAGUUAAGAACCUUUGAUUAUCCUGUUUCUGCACCAGAAAAGGAGAAUUUUAAUUUCAGUGAAAAGCGUUUGGGGUUUUUGUUUUUAACAAUUCAGAGGAUUCAGAAAGAUUUGAAUUAGUCGACGGAGUUGACCAAAAACAUUUUGAAUGUUUAUAUUUAUGAAAUGAAGUGCCUAAUCUUAUGGAACUAGUAGUACUACCCUGGCUAACAAAACUGUCAACCUUUAUACUGGCAUCCACUAUACGGGCUCCCUUCACUCCCAGAAUGGUAUAAGGGACCCUAAUGUAAAUGAGAAUCAAAACCUAAAAAUACUAGGGAAUUUCUUAAGAUAUAGGGCUUGAUUGUUUCAUUGGCAGGACCCAGGCUGUGGACUCACAGCAGUGCAAUCAUAGUAGUGCAAGCCACCUACAGUUCCCACCCCACCAGAGAACCUAGCACAACCCAAAUAGAUUAAGCAGGUCUCUUGUCUGAAACAUAAAGCAGUAUUCCCCUAAUGGAAUCGGUCUGAGGGAAACAGUAAUACCUCUACCACUGCAUAGCAUGGAGUUAUUGAUGGGUGGAGCAAGUACAGUUGUACCUCCCUGCGCUGCUGGGGUGAAUGUGAGUGCACACAGGACAACUGGAAUGCUAGUCAUUUAAUUUUGCAAAACAGGCGACUGAUGGGGCCAAAGUUUACUGGGACUUAGGGCUUUAAAUCCAUAGAUUAUUAUAACGCCAUACAAUAAAAUUUAGAGCAUAUAGAGAAACACAGUUUUAAGAAUGAUGAGUGUGGAAUUAGAGCUGCAAGAAAAAAUGAUCAGACGUCACUGGGACUUCCAGACUGAAAAAGUAGUUGCUGUCUGGGAUCCUAAAUAGUUUAUUGUUGCCUCAAAUUUGUCCGUGAAAAUAAAAAGGAGGCAUUUCAGUUUAUAAUGAAAACAACCACAUUUCUGUUUGAAUGUAGAAAAAUUUCACCUGGGGAAAAUUGCAAAUUUGUCCAAAGGGUGCAACUUUGUGUCAGUACUGUUUAACAAGAGCAUGUUCCCAAAGUGAAAACAGGGAGUUUUAUCACAACUCUGAGUCUUUAUUUCCCCACAUAUUGUUCUUCAAAAAAUACUUCUAUAGCUGCAAUGAUUUAAUAUAGAGUGCAUGCAACUUUGCUUUUGUCACAUUUCCUCAUACAUUAACAACGCAGGAAAGGGUUUACUCUCUACCUUUCAGCUAAUACUAGGUGCUUCUAAUAUGGAGGGAUCUGUCCGCUGGAGGGCAGGUGAGCAAUUUGACUUGCCACACCGACUCUAAAGAGAUGGCAUGGCACCAUUUUCUUCUGCCAUAGCACAUCUUCUCUAUCAUCGGGUUUCCAAUAGCACCCAUCACCGUGGUUUCUAACCAGUUGGAAAUGCUUCAUAUGAACUGUGUGUUCUGUAUUUUCCAACAAUAUUUAACAAUUUAUUGUAUGCACUAGAUUUGUAUUGUAUUUCCUGAGGAGGAGCAAUCUCCCAGCUGUGAGGUUAGCGCGAGUUCUUCCUUGGGUUACUGAUCCCCACAAGCCUGAUCCUGCUCCCAUUGAAGUCAAUGGUAAAGCACUUAUUGACUUCAGUGGUACAGAAUCAGGCUCCAAUAAAGGGGCCUAAAAUAUAGACCAACACCUCCUUCUUCCAGAAGGGACUAGUAGCCUCUUCUGGGUCUAAAAUGUAAAAUCUCCCAAUCUCCCAUUAAUCUAAUCUGUGUCAUUUCCAAUAUUGUAUACAUUGAGAUUUUUUUGAGAAGACUGUGUCGUUUGUUACAACUGACUAACUUUCCUUUCCACCUUUCUCCAGUGAUGUUAGACCAUAACCAGUUUUAAAGUCACAGACCUUGAAGUAUUCUACUGCAAAUAACACCGUUAUAGUAUGUGUCUACCUAGGGCUGAUCCCCUGCACCUGCAGGGGCAUAGGCUUGAUGGGUUACUAGACACUAACUUGUCUGAUUUUAGAGGUGUAAGUGCUCACAGGUAAUUUUUGCACCAGUUUACCUUUGAAAAGGUACUGCGGGCCAUCUCCUGCCAAUGUUUUUUACAUGUAGUCUGGUAGAUUCAGGGAAUUGAUAGCAAGAUAAAGCCAUAAAUAUUUAGUGAAUUUCUAAUAUAGAAUCUUUCUCUCAGCCACUUGUUCCACAUCAGGUAAGAAAAGGUGUUUGUAAUAGUUUACUCAAACUAAAUUCCUUCUGGUAUUGUGUUGAAAUAAAGGCAAUGCCCUUUUUAAAAAUGCAGUAUGUUUGCAAACUCCUUGAAGGAUACUAAAAAAAAUCUGUUACCUUUUCAUGAGCAUCGAUUGCCAAACCCAGCAUAAUAAAUACAUUGAUUGCUAGAGAACCUACUCACCAGGACCAGAAAUCCUAAGGCUUGCAAUAGUUGUGUGGUAAAGCAGUUGAUAAUAAAAGGCUAACAUGAUUUUAUGAGUGCAUAUUUUAGUGAGUCCAUAAAGAACUAAAAUAUAAUCAAAUCAGAUAAAUAACAAGGACAUCGAAGCUGGAAUUUCAGCACUAACUUCACAGUAGGCAGUGAAUUGCUUUUAUCACCCAAGAAAAACAAGCCCUUUUUGCUGUAUAGUAUACACAAAUAAACAUAUGGCUUGUAUAGUGCCUUUAUUUUUCAAUUAUUGUGCAUAUACUAAUUUCUAUACAUGGUACCAUCCUCACCCACAUAGAUGGAGAUGAUACCCAUGUGAUAAAUUCCAGAAUGAAUUUACCAUACACUUGACUGCUUCACCUGCCCUCUGCCCAUUAUCACAGCUUCUAGGACUUGUUCAAAUCUAAGGAGCUGUAAGAAGGGCACUGCAGCAAUGCAUGGGGAACAAAUCAGUCUCUCAGUUAACUACAUUUUUUCCCCUAGGAGUAGUUCUUCCAUAUGUUUUUUUACCCACUUUAAUCAUUAUUAUUUCAUGCAUUUGAAGAAUGCCCAUUAUUAUAAUAUUAAUUUAUCAUUCAUUUUACAGGGAAUUUGGUGUGAAAAAUCUUAGCCUAAUUGUCUGGGAUUCCAAAGCCAUUAUUUAUUGGACAAAGAAAUAUGACUUGCAAGCCCAUUAGCUCAAGCUUGUAAAGACUCAUGUUUUUAUCUCUGGAGAUCACCUUUUCAAUCCCUGCCCAUAAGCAUGAAGGUGGUCAUCACACAUACUGUCUAAGAGACGGAUAUAGAGAAAGCAGGAUGCACUAGGAAAUCUAGAGAAGGGUGUAAACUUAUAGGGAAAAAUACAUGGAGAUAGUUAACUAUCAUAAACUACAUAUUUUCCUUCCAACUGUAAGAGUUUGAUGAAAUUCUAUGACCUGUGUUAUGCAGGAGGUCAGACUAGAUGACCAUAAUAUGGUACCUUCUGGUCUUAAAAUCUGUGACUCAUUUUAGAGAGAGAGAGAGCACUAAGUUUGGGCUUAGACACAUUUUCAAGGGAACAAUUCUAAGAGAUGGGCCCAUGCUCAAAGCCUUGUAUUGUGGGCUAUCAUCCUUUGAGCUAAGGAUAACUGGAAGUGACUACCUCUAAAAUAUGUUAAUGUCGCUCUUUCAAGGUCCAGUUAUGUGAGGUGGAAGAAGUUAAGUUCCUUUAACUCUCAUUGGGACUUCAGGGUUCCCAGGAUCAGACCUUAACUUCGAUAGGUGGUUGCCUGAGUGGCAUUCCCUUUGCUCUGAAGGCACAUUCUUUCUAGCACUGCAUUACUAGUUCCUGCCAGUUUAGGAGUGGAAAGCAAAGUCCAAUUUCAGAGGUCUGGGGUCUGAUUUUGCAGCAUACUUAGCAAAUAUCACUUUGUAUGUUUAAAGCAUGGCUUCAUUGACUUCUGUUGCUUCUGUAAGUGCUCAACACUUCUGCAAGACAGACCCCGGGGUCUCAAGUCAGGCACCCAGAAAAUUAGUGGCCACCUGUGAAAAGUUUGGUUGAAAUGAUUUGCCCAGCACCACAAAGGAACUUUGUGUCAGAGGCAGGGAUAAAAUCUAGUUCUCCAGGACAGUGUCCAACUGCUUUAACCAUGAGACCAUCCUUUUUCUCCUCACAAUCCCCUGUUUUAUUCACUAUACUCCUUCCAAAACUAAUGGAGUGUAGGGUUCCUACAGACAGCAGCCUCCUUCACUACACAGCCCUGGUUCAUCCCCAGAGCUUGUUCAUUCUGUGCACUGAAUAAGGCAGGAGUACUGUGGAAAAACAAUGUGUGAUUAUGUAAUUAAAGACUGUGACGUCAUGCAUGUGCACAAGGGGUAACAAGUUUGUGUAGGAAACUUUAAAUCUGGCAUUUCCUAAAUUGGAGUGAUUGACUUUGCAGCCUUAAUGUUCUUUUAACAUCGUACUUUUGUGUGUGUUAUUUCCUACGUCUUUCAAAUAGCAAAGUGAAAAAGCAAAUUCCAUCAUGUUGCAUCGUAAUGAUACACAUCUGUCUCCCCUUCUCCCCACCUCCUUCCCUCUGCCUCACUGGAUUUCAGAUCAUCUCCUUCCUUCACCAGUCCUAGUCUCUCCACAUGCUCCUUGUCUAUUCCCAGUAUCUAGCCCCAGGCUCCUGGUACCAAUCUACUUCUUGUGCCCCUCCCCAGGUUUGGGAAUGCUCCCUCUGCAUUCAAAUUGGGCAGAUUCCUCCUCUACACUGCCUGGGGCCAGCAGAGAGGGCAUUGAGAGCACAGGGUCCCUCCUCUCAGAUGAGGGUCUCAGUCCCAACAUGACCAGGGCAGCCCAGAGCUGUCUGCAAUUGCAGGGAAAAUCGGUGAGGUUUUUAAUCUGUUAAAAUGUUGGCCGUCUCUUCUGAGCAUGUGCAAACUGCGAUUUUUUUUUAAAGGCUUAUAACUUGGCCAAAUUCAGACAAAUUUUCAUGGGGAUGGCAAAAGGCCCGUCUCUGAUGCAAAGGCCACUCCUCUGCAAAAUUUCAGCUCCCUGAGGGUGCUAGAUCUUCUCAAUUACACGUUGUGAAAAUGUUGUGAAAAUAGGCAAAAUAAUGUAUUUUUCCCUAGCCUUAUUCUCAGAAACGAUUGAACCAUUUUCACUGAAAAUUUCCAAUAAUAGUAAUACUAACAAUAAUUAAUAAUACUCAGAGUGAGGAAAACACCCAGCCUGGAAAUUUUCAGUCCAAUGGUAAAAAUUUGGCAAAGUUAUAAGCAAUUGAAAACAGGGUCUUCUAAUAGGAAGCGUUGUGAACACAAUAAUAGGUGGUGCUACCAGCCGCACCUAUAACAAUUAUUUUGGUGCUCAUGCAGGGUUACAAGAUGUCAUCACGUCAUCAGCGUGAUAGGUUAUUUCAAUGUGUCUCAUUAAGUAUUCUCCAUAUGGGAAUAACUCAUAUUGAAGGCUCCCAUUGUUUAGUCCACAAAGUGGGUGGACAUAAUCAAGUGUAAAUACUUAUUAGUAAUUUUGACAGAAGCUGGCUUAAUGAUAACAUUUUCUAAAACAUUUUGUAAGGAGUAUUAGUUAUUUAUAUUCUGCUUAAUUCCUUGUGUCCCUCGGCAUAUGAUAAUAAAGGUAGGACCAACUUUUUAAAAGUUUGCAGGAACGUUUCAGGUUCUUUGGACAGUACUACACAAAGCACAGGACAGAGUAUAAGUGUAUAUAGUGUAUGUAUAUGUGGUAUACUGUAAUUUGGUACAAUCAUGAUGCUUAUUAAAAAUGUUGGAAUGUAUUAAUGUAAAUCCUUUAAUCUUGGAAAUACACAGGCCUGGAAUCAGAACAAAGGCUUAAUUUAAGAAAUAUAGUUAGAACACAGGUAUUGAACAGAAUUUUUUUUUCAUGUUUAAGUACAGUUUCAUGCUUAUUCAGCUAUCUAUUGGUAAAAAAAGAAUUUUGUUUAAGCUACUUUUCUCUGUUGUUUUUCCCCAACAAGGCUUUUAAAAAUGAAAUAAGCGCCUGUUCUUUGUUGUUGUUUUUUUAAGUGCUUGCUGCCUUUAAUAUUUUUAAAUGAUGUUACACAAUGGUUGGGAAGCUUAUCUUGUUUUAGAAUGGUGUUAAGGCCUCUUUAUCUGUCAUUAUCGUGCAUUGUUUGAUAGGCAGAACUCAGGGCUGAUCUUCACUAUGGAUCGAUGCUGCUGCAAUUGAUGCAGCAGGGAUUGAUUUAGCGGGUCUAGUGAAGACCCACUAUAUCGAUGGCAGAGCACUCUCCGGUCAACCCCGGUACUCCACCUUUCCAAGAAGAGCAAGGGAAGUUGACAGGAGAGCGUUUCCCAUCAACGCAGCACAGUGAAGACACUGGGGUAAGUCGACCUAAACUACGUCGACUCCGGCUAUGUUAUUUACGUAUCUGGAGUAGCAUAACUUAGGUUGACUUACCCCCGUAAUGAAGACAAGCCCUCAGAGUUAAAGUGGUAUUGUUUUGAAACAGUCUCUUGGGAAGGAGGUUCUUUACAGAUUCACUAGUGUAUUUAACGUAACGCACUUAGGUGGCUUUUACUGUGUCUUUAUUAUGGAGUCACUAUAGGUAUCCAAGAUGAUGUUCUGAGGCACUAACCUGAGAGAGCUGAAUGUGGUGGUGUAAUCAGAUUCCAAAGACCUAGUCAAUCUGCCACAUUUGGAGUGAGCUGUGGGAAGGACUGCUAGUUGAGCAGUUGGUUCAGCUUUUAUUCUGGAUUCUUUAAGAGCACCUCCUCAUUGCAACUUUCAAAAUAUUAGCACUGGGAACAUAAUCUAUUUACUGGUGCAAAAAGCUCCCUGACUGUUGAUUGUAAGAUUUUUGUUGUUGUUGUCCCCCUAGAAUUGAUUAAAAAAUAAAAAAGAUAGCUCUGGAAACUAGAGACAAUCAUAAGGUUCCUCUGCCAGGGAUUGUGGAGAUGUUUUCUUUCCUAUGUUUAUUUCUGCCUACAAUUUUAUGUUUGUACUACAUUUUCAGUUUGUGAUGCAUUCUUAGUUAGAAUUUUUAUCCAUCUAAUUCAACUAACGCCAUAUGAAAAGCUUAUACAGUGCUACACUUCACAAAGCAGUAUUAUUUGACAGGAAAUCAGGCAUGACUGGCACGUUGACAGACAUUGGGCCAAAUUCUCAGCUACGGUAUUUAGAAAGUUGGUUUAAUUGGCCAGCUGGGAAUUCUGCCAGUGUGCAUAGGGGUUUAGAGAUUGCAUAGAGAACUCCCCUCUUCUCCAGGCCCCUUGUAUCCAUGUCACAUUGGCAGGAUGGUUCAGAGCUCCCAAUGUGCUCCUGUGAUUCCCAGUUAGCAUAACCUGGUAGCCCUGAUCAGCUGAUGUAGGAUAGAGCAGUUUUGAGGCUGCUUUGCAGCCCCACACGGAACGUUAAGGCACUAAUGGUUUCCAGUACUUACUAGAAUGUUCUGCCUUGUGGCAAUCUGGUAUUGUGCACUAUUUGUGGCUUUUCAUACAUUCACCUGGACCUUUUUUUCCCUAUCUGCCCUCAUUUCCCGGCCGCAGCAUCUACAUUUUUUUACAUUCGAUGACUUCACUAGAGGGGAAUUAAGGAGAUGCUUAAUAUUUCACAUUUAAAUCAGAUGAGAUAAAGACAAAAGCUCUUUGUUUUCCAUCUGCAGUCUAUGGAAGUUCGUGGGCAACAAACUCUUAUCAUGUAUAUUAUGAUUUGGUAUGCUAAGAGAAAUGGAAAAUGAAUGUAAUUCCUCAUCCAAUGAAAGCAGAAAGAAUUCAGGGAACACUUUACACUCAAAUAUUUUAACCAUUUGUGCACAACGAGGGAGAACAAGAAUGAAGUGAAGAAUUAUGAGCAGAUAUUUUUCUUAUGGAAAAUUCUGUUGUUUUGCUUCAGUAAAGGAUUUUAAUAUUGUACUCAUACCUAUGCAUUCUAUACCUCUGAGCCCUCGUACCACUGCCGUGUCUAGUGGGGAUUAAUCCUAGUGCUGUCAUUAGUGCUAAUGUUCAAAACACUAGUUCAUACUGAGACUGUGUCCCAUAACUUCUUAUGGGAUUUAUGUGAUCCGAUGCAAUAUGCAAAUAUUUCCACAUUUUAUAAAAUGCUAUAAAAAGCAUCUAUUAAAUUGCAUCAUCAAUGAACAACUUUGACUCAGAACAUGAGAAACACAGUGAAUGUAGGCCUCUCUCAUUCUGUCUCCGUCUAACUUUUCAAAUAGUAAAAUAGAGUUAACAUACAAAAUAUGCUCACCUAUAGUAAAUGAUAGCUAGUCAAUUCAGAAGAAGAUUAAGUAACCAGGAUUUUGACCAUGCAGUAAUAUAGACUUGAUAUAGUGAUUCCACGGAACCAAUAAAUCUCAUACUCUGUGAUAAUGUGCAAUGAAAGGUUGAUUUUUAUAAUACAUUAAAGGGCACAGAGUGGAGGUAUAACAGCUUCUUUCUGGAAAAUAGUUUAUAUUGUAUGAAUUUGUACUUUUAUAACAUAGUAUAAUAACAAAGAUAAAAUUGACUAUUAAUGUAAGUAGAUUCUACAUACUUGGACUAAGAAGCACAUAUUACCUGUUUUAUACCAUUGCUAUAAUUUUUACAUCAUAUAUCAGUGUUGAUAAAGAAAGGCACUGAAAUGGAAUGCAGUAACAGACAUGACGUGAAAGUGGUUGUAAUUGUGAAUUAGUCUUUAUUUUUCCUGAAUUAUAUUUUUUUAGAGAUUAAACUGGAAUAUGAAGAUAUGAAUCUAAGAUACAUUGCACUGAAUUAUAUGGAAUUCUUUUCAUUUGCUUUGAUUUUUUAUUGGCUUUGUCAAUGAUUUGUACCAUAUGCCUCUCAAACUGCUGGUUCAGUAACUUGGAUCCCAGGGCCCUAAAAUAUGGUAGAACCUGGGAGAAUAUUAAAAAAAGAAAAAACCUGGGAUGCAAUGGCUAAUGUCACUUGGGACAUUAA